UAUGUGCGCAAUCAGGCAAGAGAACAAAGCGUUUGUCCCACCGGCGUUUUGUAGCAACUAGAAGGUCGAGCGGAGUCAGGCAGCGAAAUCAGGAAAAACACAAACAAAAGAAGACAAUAUCGACAUUAAACCUGCUAUUUUUGUUGAUAGGUUACGAUGUCAGGGCGUUCGUCGUGAUGUUUUUGCUUUAUGUCGCGAAGCUUGGGAAUCUUACGAAAGCUUGCUAGCUAGCUAGUAUUAGCUAGCGGUUAGCUAGCGUCACUGGUUACGUUGACAGCCAGCUAGCUAAUGCUAUUUUCUUGACACGUAUUACCCUUUGACUCUUCCGUUUUCUUUUUGUUUUUUGUUUUUAAAUUAAAAUUUCGACUGAAGUGUUGUGCCAGUAAGAGCGAGUGUCUGCUGCCUUCAUGGCAACCACGGCUAGUGCCCGGAGGUUGCCCAUGGGUGUGCGGACUUUCAGCGACUAUCUCCAGCUUGCUAUCGCGGGCUCUCCUCGGUCGUGCCGGCCGGCGGUGCCUCGAAUGUGCAGCCGGCAGAACAUCAGACAUUUGUCCUCCUGCGGCAUCCUGAUGACCCGAUCGCCCAGAGCGGCGCUGUGCCUCCACGACUGGGACGCGGCCAUGGCGAGUCUCCCCCAAAGCCGGAACUUCAUCAGCCUGACCAACAAGAGGAAGGAGUACUCUGAGCGCAGGAUCCUGGGGUAUUCCAUGCUGGAGAUGUACGACGUGGUGGCCAACGUGGACGACUACAAGCACUUCGUCCCGUGGUGCAAGAAGUCCGUGACGGUGGCCAAGCGCUCCGGCCACUGCAGGGCCCAGCUGGAGGUGGGCUUCCCGCCCGUGGUGGAGCGCUACACCUCCAUGAUCACCAGCGUCAGGCCUCACCUGGUCAAGGCCGUUUGCACGGACGGGAAGCUCUUCAACCACCUGGAGACCAUCUGGCGCUUCAGUCCCGGCAUUCCCGGAUACCCUCGCACCUGCACUGUGGACUUUUCCAUCUCCUUCGAGUUCCGCUCGCUGCUGCACUCCCAGCUGGCCACCAUGUUCUUCGACGAGGUGGUCAAGCAGAACGUGGCCGCCUUCGAGCGCCGCGCCUGCAAGCUCUACGGCCCCGAGACCCGAAUCCCACGAGAGCUCAUGUUCCACGAGGUCCACCAGACGUGACGGCGCCUCCUCCUCCUCCUCCUCCGCUCGCCUCACCCCGGCCUUAAAAGUCCCGCCUCCUCCCGCAUGAUGCUUGAAUGACAGCGCCCCCCCCCUGCAGUCUACCUCCUCACGUGUACAAAAAACAGCAACACUAGAAGAAUAAACCGCAAAACCUGCUUUUCAUUUUAGUUGAAAGACUUUUAUUGUGAAGGAGGGGAAGCGCCAUCCACGACUGAUGACAAAUCAAUACUUUCAUGCAUCCUAGUCUGCUAAACAUCCCUUUUUUUUCAUCAUUUAUGACUUGCUUUAGUUGGGGGAGGGGGGGGCAGAUGUGUGCCAUCUUUCUUUCGUGUUGUUGCCGUGUGCAGUCAAGUUUGCACCAUUACUUUGCACCAUUAUUUUGCACAUGUUACUGGACUGCCAGUGCAUUGUUCAUUUCAUUUUAGAACGCGCUAUUGCACAUAAACAUUAUCAGGAAUUUACCCCCGAAUUGGACCCCUCCCUUUCCUUUUCCUAAGGAAAACAUGCUAAAUGGAUUUCCUUUUAAAAGUAAAAAGUUGGAUUUUUUAAAAAAUCCCACAAAAGUCCCCCAAAUUAACUUUUUUUCCUUAAUUUACAUUUGUUACAAAGCCAAAAUGGAUGUCCUUUUACGACUAGAUGUGAAUAUUUUUCCAAAAAAAGAUUUUCAGACCAUUUUUUAAAAAUAGAUUUUACUGAUUAUCAAGGGAAAAACUAAAAGGGAAUUUUGGUUUAUUAAAUAAAAAGGAACAAAAACCACAAAAUGACACUUUGGGCUACAAAAUAAAUGCUCAAAGUAACAACACACGGUGUGUUUUUUUGUUGUUUUUGCACAUGCAUGGAUGCAAGUAGAAAUGGUGCCAAUUGAUUGUAAAAAAAAAUGUUAUUGCUACCAAAGGACUGACUUUUCUUUUUGGGGGGGGGGG